ACGGGUUUCUCGCCAAACCGCCGUCGCUCGCCUCGUUUUCUCUUGUGCCUACUUUUGUCAAAGGCCCGCAGCAAAAACCGACAACUGCGGUGUCCGAACACCCUACUGCUUCUCCACCUCACUCCCUUGCCGAUGGCCCGUAGGCGGAGCGAGAUCGAUGGUUGCGACGGCAUUCCCGACGAGGUAUCUCGAAGCGAUUUCCCUGAAGAUUUCGUUUUCGGCGUCGCCACCUCCGCUUACCAGGUUGAAGGAGCAAGAAGAGAGGAUGGAAAAGGUGAUAGUAUUUGGGAUAUUUUCUCAGAAGAAAAAGGGAAUAUAAAGGAUGGGAGCAAUGGAGAAAUUGCAGUGGAUCAGUACCAUCGCUAUAAGGAAGAUGUGGAGCUUAUGGCCAAGUUAGGUUUUGGUGCUUAUCGAUUUUCCAUAUCUUGGUCUCGUAUAUUCCCUGAUGGAUUAGGAACUAAGAUCAGCGAGAAUGGGGUUGCUUAUUAUAACAAUUUGAUCAAUUUCCUACUAGAAAAAGGUAUACAGCCUUAUGUGACACUAUAUCAUUGGGAUCUUCCAUAUUUUCUUCAUGAGUCCAUAGGAGGAUGGCUAUCAGAGAAGAUUGUACACUAUUUUUCAUUAUAUGCCGAAGCUUGUUUUACAAAGUUUGGAGACAGAGUGAAGCACUGGAUUACAAUCAAUGAACCUCUUCAAACAGCUGUAAAUGGAUAUGGUUGUGGAAUCUUUGCUCCUGGAAGACGUGAAAAUUCAUCUGUGGAACCUUAUCUGGCUGCUCACCACCAAAUUUUGGCUCAUGCAGCUGCUGUUUCUGUUUAUAGGAAGAAAUUUAAGGCUGCACAAGGUGGUGAAAUAGGCAUUGCAGUUGAUUGUGAAUGGGCAGAAGCAUAUUCUGAUAAGUUGGAAGAUAAAAUUGCUGCUGAUAGGCGGUUGGAUUUCCAACUUGGAUGGUUUUUGGAUCCAAUAUAUUAUGGAGACUACCCCUUGGUUAUGCGUGAGAGGCUAGGAGAUCGGCUUCCCAAAUUUUCAGAGGCAGAAAAGGAGUUACUGCAGAAUGCAAUUGACUUUGUUGGUCUGAACCAUUAUACAACCAGAUUCAUUGCUCAUGUAGAAAACCCAGGAGAUAUCCAUUUCUAUCAAGUACAACAAAUGGAGAGGAUAGAGAAAUGGCAAUGCGGGGAGGCGAUUGGUGAAAGGGCUGCAUCAGACUGGCUUUAUGUAGUUCCUUGGGGCAUCCGGAAGGUUCUUAACUACAUAGCAAUCCAUUACCACAAUCCUCCAAUUUAUGUUACUGAGAAUGGCAUGGAUCAAGAAGAAACCGAAACAGCAAUUCUUGAGGAGGUCCUAGAUGAUAAACUGAGAGUGGAAUACUUUAAGAGUUACCUUGCAGCUGUUGCACAAGCAAUCAGAGAUGGAGCCGAUGUACGUGGAUACUUUGCAUGGUCAUUCUUGGACAAUUUUGAGUGGGCCCAAGGAUAUACUAAAAGGUUUGGGCUGGUUUAUGUCGACUAUAAAAAUGGUCUUGCUAGGUAUCCAAAAUCAUCAGCCCUAUGGUUUUCACACUUCUUGAAGUCUAGUGAGGAAGAUGUUGGCAAGCAGGUCAAUCAAGCCUGAUAUGAAGCUAAGGUGAAUUCUCACGUCUGCCUUCAUGCGCAUACCGUCCUAUCUAGUUUUGCUCUUUGGCUUACAUGGAUACUUUUAAAUCCAACCAAAAUCACUCGUGUAAAAGAAGUUUGAUAAUGAGGCUGAGGCUAAAUGUCCAGUGGUGGGUGGACUCUUACGACCUAAACAUUCAUCACAAGACUAGAAGCUCGUAUGGCAAAAAGAUCUAUAACCCACUUCCUCUUGGUCAACUAUCUUCCCCAGAUGCAUGUAAUAUAUAAAAAUUUGUUACCC